CCAUUUUGCCUCGUUUGUGCUCCCACCCUUCCCUGUAGGUGAGCUACCUGACCAAACUCUGGGGAGAGAGAGAAUGUGAAAGAGGUAGAGAAAGCCAGGAACAAAGGCAGAGAGUGAGAGAAACACAGACAAAAAGAGCUCUGUGUGGAGGGAAGAGAAAGGAACAGGUGGACUAGAGAUUUGAGCUAGGCAGUUGUUGGGGAGGAAAAACAGUGGGUGUGCUCAGAGCUGUUGCAGACAAGUUUCUUCCCACAAUACCUGUCUCUCUCACUUUCUUAAACACACCAGUUGGCAGGAAAAGGAAGUGAAGAAAAAAAGGUCUGAAGAAAAAGAGGGAGAGUUUUCCGGUCAUUUAAAAACUGACUACCAGAAAGGAAUUUAAAGAUGCCUGAGGAGCAACCCUAUUACGGAAAGCAUGGUGAACCAAGAAAAUAUGACCCCACCUUCAAAGGCCCCAUCUAUAACAGGGGUUGCACUGACAUUGUAUGUUGCAUCCUCUUCAUUAUUUGCAUACUGAGCUAUGUUGCAGUGGGAAUUCUGGCCUGGUCCCAGGGAGACCCCAGGAAGGUGAUCUACCCCACAGACAGCAGAGGACAGUUCUGUGGGCAGGCAGGCACACCUCUGGAGACGAAGCCCCUGCUGUUCUACUUCAACAUCAUGAAGUGUGCCAGUCCCAUGGUGCUGCUGGAGUUCCAGUGCCCAACCACACAGAUGUGUGUGGAGAAAUGCCCUGAUAAGUUCAUGACGCUCAAGAAGGCCUACGACAUUAAAGAGAACUUAAAGUAUUAUAAGAACUUCUGCAAGGAGGGUCUAGAGGGGCUGACUGUAACACAGAUCCUGAGAUUUGGCCUGUGUCCUGCCAUGCUGAUGCCAAGUAAACCCUUCACCCACAGAUGCUUCCCUGCCCUGGACCAGAAGAAGGGAGGGGAGAUCACAGUGGGAAAUAACUCUAUGUUUGAUGACGGGGAGGGGAAGAUUAGAGAUGCCAAAGAUCUGGUGGCGGGGGUCAAGAAUGCCACAGUGGUCAUUGAGGCUCGACAAGUGGCCAUGAAUAUCUUUGAGGAUUACACCCAGUCCUGGUACUGGAUCCUAAUAGGGUUGGUGAUUGCCAUGCUCAUCAGUCUCCUCUUCAUCAUCCUCCUGCGCUUCCUGGCCGGGAUCAUGGUGUGGGUCAUGAUCGUCAUGGUGAUUCUGGUCAUUGGAUACGGCAUCUUCCACUGCUCCAUGGAGUAUGUUAGCCUGAAGUCAGAGGCAGGCUCUAAUGUCACUCUAAAGGACCUGGGCUUCCAGACAGACUUCUCUGUGUACCUGCAUAUCAGACAGACCUGGCUGGCCUUCGUUAUUAUUCUGGCCAUUGUGGAGGUCAUCAUCAUUUUGCUGCUCAUCUUCCUCAGGAAUAGAAUCCUCAUCGCUAUCGCUCUCAUCAAAGAAGCCAGCAGGGCCAUUGGGUAUGUGAUGUCAGCCCUGUUUUACCCCUUGUUCACCUUUGCCCUCUUAUCCAUUGUCAUCGCCUACUGGGCCGUCACCGCUGUGUUCCUGUCCACCUCCAAUCAGCCCAUCUAUAAGGUGUUCAAUGAGACGGCCUGCGAUCACUCCAGGAAAACCUGCGAGCCAGCUAACUUCAGCACCUCCAGUAUGAAGGCGGAGUGCCCAUACUCGAAGUGUCUGUUUGCCUACUACGGUGGAGAGACGGUCUACCACAAGUACCUGAUUGGCCUGCAGUUCUACAACGUCUUCCUGUUCUUCUGGUGUGCCAACUUUGUGACAGCGCUGGGUCAGAUGACCCUGGCUGGGGCCUUUGCCUCCUACUACUGGGCCUUGGUCAAGCCUGAUGACAUGCCUGCCUUCCCCAUCUUCUCAUCCCUUGGCAGAUCACUCAGGUAUCACACAGGUUCCCUGGCGUUUGGCUCUCUCAUCCUCUCCAUCAUCCAGAUCAUCAGGGUUCUGCUGGAGUACAUCAACCACAAGCUCCAAGGAACCCAAAAUAAGUGUACGAAGUUCCUGCUGUGCUGUCUCAAGUGCUGCUUCUGGUGCCUGGAGAAAUUCAUCAAGUUCAUCAACAGAAAUGCCUACAUUAUGGUGGCGAUAUAUGGCAAGAACUUCUGCACGUCUGCCAAAGAUGCCUUCUUCCUCCUUAUGAGGAACAUGAUCAGGGUAGCUGUCCUGGACAAGGUGACAGACUUCCUGUUGUUCCUGGGCAAACUCCUCAUCGCGGGGCUUGUGGGAAUCUUUGCCUUCUUCUUCUUCUCUGGGAGGGUGAAGGCCUUUGAGAACACAGCCCCCAACCUCCACUACUACUGGGUUCCCAUCCUGACGGUGGUAGUUGGUUCCUUCCUUAUUGCCCACGGCUUCUUCAGCGUGUACGCCAUGUGUGUGGACACACUUUUCCUCUGCUUCUGCGAAGACCUGGAGAGAAAUGAUGGCUCUCUGGCAAGACCGUAUUACAUGUCAGCUUCGCUCCAUGACAUUCUGUCUGAGAACAAGGCUGUGGAGGAGACCGAGGAGCCAACCCAGUCCUCACCACAUCAGCCAGACGACCAAGACGUCCAGCUGAAACAAUAGCAGCCUCUGAUGCAGGAGAAAGACGAGGACGUUUAGGAGUAGUCAUAGCAAAGACACUGUGGACGAGAUCUCCACCUGCAGAUCUGUCUUGUAGAAAUGGGCAUGAUACUCGUGAUUGGUAGAUCGACAUCAAAGCCUGAAUUUGGACAAGUCAACUGCUUGACCAGUGUCUUUCCUUCUCCCUAUAGAAACGUGUGUGUAUACAGUUGAAGUCGGAAGUUUACAUACACCUUAGCCAAAUACAUUUAAACUAAGUUUUUCACAAUUCCUGACAUUUAAUCCUAGUAAAUAUUCCAUGUCUUAGGUCAGUUAGGAUCACCACUUUAUUUUAAGAAUGUGAAAUGUCAGAAUAAUAGUAGAGUGAUUUAUUUCACCUUUUAUUUCUUUCAUCACAUUCCUAGUGGGUCAGAAGUUUAUACACUCAAUUAGAUUUUUGCCAGCAUUGCCUUUAAAUUGUUUAACUUGGGUCAAACGUUUUGGGUAGCCUUCCAUAAGUUGGGUGAAUUUUGGCCCAUUCCUCCUAACAGAGCUGGUGUAACUAAGUCAGGUUUGUAGGUCUCCUUGUUCGCACACGCUUUUUCCGUUCUGCCCACAAAUGUUCUAUAGGAUUGAGGUCAGGGCUUUGUGAUGGCCACUUCAAUACCUUGACUUUGUUGUCCUUUCGCCAUUUUGCCACAACUUUAGAAGUAUGCUUGGGGUCAUUGUCCAAUUGGAAGACCCAUUUGCGAUCAAGCUUUAACUUCUUGACUGAUGUCUUGAUGUUGCUUCAAUAUAUCCCCAUAAUUUUCCAUCCUCAUGAGGCCAUCUAUUUUGUGAAGUGCACCAGUCCCUCCUGCAGCAAAGCACCCCCACAACAUGCUGCCACCCCCGUGCUUCACGGUUGGGAUGGUGUUCUUCGGCUUGCAAGCUUCCCCCUUUUCCUCCAAAUAUAACAAUGGUCAUUAUGGCCAAACAGUUGUAUUUUUGUUUCAUCAGACAAGAAGACAUUUCUCCAAAAAGUGCAAUCUUUGUCCCCAUGUGCAGUUGCAAACUGUAGUCUGGCUGUUUUAUGUUGGUUUUGGAGCAGUGGCUUCUUCCUUGCUGAGCGGCCUUUCAGGUCAUGUCGAUAUAGGAUUUUUUUUUUUUACUGUGUUUAUAGAUACUUUUGUACCUGUUUCCUCAAGCAUCUUCACAAGGUCCUUUUGCUGUUGUUCUGGGAUUGAUUUGCACUUUUCACACCAAAGUACGUUCAUCUCUAGGAUACAUGGAAAUGAAACAAUGUUAAAGUUUUUCCUUUUGAAAUAAUUUUCAUAUUUUUGUCUCAUG